AGAUCCAUAAUUAAGCAAACGUGGAUGUUAAGCCAAUUCAGUUUCAUUAUACAUAGUUUCAUACACAGGUGCUUCAUUUUUAUCCACAAGCCAAUGGAGCUCUUAACUACUGUACCUGAUCAGGAAAAAUCGGAAAGCAGAACCAUGCCACUGAUUCUCUGGGAUUCUUUGCUACCAGCAGAAGCAGUUUCUGGCAAUCAAGAUCUCAUCACAGACAUCCUUCUCCGUCUGCCCGUCAAGUCUCUUCUCCGGUUCAAAUGCGUCUCCAAGCAGUGGCAUUCUCUCAUCUCCGAACCCAGGUUCAGUCGCCAUUACCGCAGCCUUGCCUCUGCCGGCAUCAUCUUCUGUGGAACAAACGAGCUCAUCCAUCAUGUAUCUUGCAGUGGAAGAAACUCCGAGCCGCCCUUUAAGUCUCUCGAUUUCAUCAGUGACUCUGCAGGUAUCAAAAUUUUGCAGUCAUGCAAUGGCUUGAUUUUGUGUUGCAGCCUAUUUGAAUUGGGAAAGAAUCGCAACUAUUACAUCUGUAAUCCUUCAGCAAGGCAAUUCUUGGUGCUUCCUCCACCUAAUGCCAUAGAGAGUGAUGAAUCUUUAACCAUCUUCGGGGUUCAUUUAGCUUUCGAUCCUUGUAAGUCAACUCACUACCAAGUUAUCUGUGUGCGAAAUUGUUCUCCCUCGUCAGCAGCAACAAAUGAUCAUUACCAAAUUGGUAUAUACUCGUCCGAGACUCGCCAUUGGAGGCUUUCUGGGUCUCCUUUCAGUGCUCCAUUCGACAUGGUUUUCGAUAAUGGGGUGCUUUGGAAUGGUACAAUUCAUUGGAUUAGCCCAACGGGGGUUUCACUCUGUUUUGAUAUCGUCCAAGAGCAACUUCAAGAAAUGCCUAGUCUUCCAUCAAAUGAAAAAUGGAGCAAGAGAAGGUUAAGGUACUUUGGGGAGUCUGGUGGUCAUUUGCACUUGAUAGAAAUCUAUGGCGCUGGCACCACUGAGUUCGAAGUCUUUGAAAUGGAGAGGGAUUACUCUUGCUGGAUCUCAAAAUACCAAGUUAAUCUGGCCGCGAUUAUUAAUGCAUAUCCAGAGAUGGCUAGGAGCUACCCAGACUCUCAUGAUUCUCGAUUUUAUCUAUUUAGUAUCCUCUUUGUGCAAGAGAAUGAAGAGGGCUCAUCAUUGUUGCUGCACAUCCCUGGUAAGUUUAUAUGUUAUAACCUUAGAGAUAAGACCUUUAAGGAGCUUUGUGAAUUUGGAGCAAACUCCACUAAGGUAAAUACUUCAUUUCAACAUAUUGGUUGCUUCCAUGCUUAUCAAUUCAUGGAGACUCUGGCUUGGGUUUGAUCAUUUCAACAUAUUUCAUUCCCUUAUGGCCUUAUUGUUUCGUCCUUUAUAAUCCAAAGCGUGCUUUGUAACUAUAUCUAUAUGUUUAUUAUCUUAAAUUCUUAA